GCAAAAAAGCAGAUGGUCCGUCAGUAAUUCUCAGACUCUAACAAGGCGAGGAUCUCAUUUUUAAAAUUUCUCUCAAAAAUUUUCAUAUUUAAUUUUUCACAAAAAUUGAAAAAAAAAAAAAAAAUUCUAUAUAUCGGGAAAAAAAUAUUUACAAAAGUGAAGUAAAAAGGACGAAAAAAAAAAAUGAUUUUAAAAUUUUUUCUUUGUAUGAUCAUUGAAAUUUGGAUUGUAAAUGGAAAUACAACGGAAUCAAGUCCAACAAUUGCACCGACAAUAAGUACAAAAAAUGAAAGUUUUCACAGUACACCACGUGCAAAUAAUAUGGAUUCAAUGAGACCGCCUUCUUUUUUCGAUUUACAAAAUAUGCAUACAACUAUUGUUCAUGGAAUGCCCUGUGUUUGUAAUCUUGGCUUUAGAAGCACAAGUUUGAGAGAUGACUAUCAUUUAACUGAAGGUGUUGGAGCUCACAAACUUCAUUCAAGAGCCGCCACCUGGAAUGAAGCCAGGAAAACGUGCAACGACGAGGGUGGACAUUUGGCUAUUAUCAAUUCAAAAAGAGAAGCCGAUGUAUUGAUGGACUUAUUCAACAAAUCUGAACCAAUAAAGAAUGCAUCUUACGACAAUGUGGCUUUCUUGGGAAUUCACGAUUUAUAUAAGGAGGGAGAGUGGGUGAAUGUUCUUGGGGAUUCUCUUUCAAAGUCCGGCUACACUCGCUGGAGCAAUGAAUGGGGUGGACAGCCUGACAAUGGUGGGGGAAAACAAAAUUGUGGUGUCUUUAUGAAAGAUGGAACUCUCGACGAUGUCUCUUGUGAUGUACCUUUUGCCUUUUUUUGUGAAAUUCCACGAUUACAAUUUUUACAUUGAAUUAUAAAUCACAAACAUCAUUAAAAAACGCAUAGCAAUUUACAUUUUUUGUUGCCAAUAUUAAUUUUAAUGAUAAUUAUAAUUUUUAUCAUUAUAAUUAUUUAUAAUUUUAUAAUUACAAGUAUUAUAAAUAAUUAUUAUAAAUAUUAUAAAUUAUUAUUAAAAAAAAAAAAUAAAAAUAUUAUAUAAAUAAUUAUAAUAACAAUUUUUAUAAUUUUCUCACCAGUGAAGUAUAGAAGAACAGAGCUACCAAAGUUACAUACAUGUACGUCGGGUUGCAUGCCCAGUGGCAUUAUAUUUUCAUUUUUUAUUAUUAACUUUUCUUUUAAAUUAAAAAAUUUUUUUUGCACUGUAUAAAAAGUGAAUAAAAUAAAAAAAAAAUUGUAUAAAAAAUUUUAAUAAAGUUUUAUAUUUUUA